ACCGCGCAGAUUAUGGCUGAGUAUGCAGGAGGCUACGUUUCUACUGACUGCCCUUUGUACUACGUCUUCCCGGAUAUGGCUGUCCACGUCGUGUUCCGUCUCUCGCUUUGGAGCCAGCGUUGAUGAUGUCUGACCCUGCCAGGACUGCAUUGCAACUCGCUUGCAUGCCUCAAGGCGUCAGUUUGCUUUGUUUUCUGGCUCUGUGGAGUCCUGUUUGAGAUCUCCGUGAGGUUUUCGGAAAGGGUAGGCGCAUUUUCCUUCUCUGUGAUUCUCAUCUUGUGGUGGUUUCUGGGGGUGGGUUGUAUUCCAAGUUUGGAUCUUGGUACGUCUUGAGAAAUCGAGAGCAGGUGUAUUUAGACUCAAUCUCGGAAUCGGAGAAAUGAACGAAUGAUGCAGCUGACCAGACGGCCAUCAAAAGCAAUUUAAAAAGUUCUUAGCGUAUCGAGUCUCAAUUAUUAUUCUUUUCAUAGAAAGGCGUCGAAUCAGAAUUUAAAAUGGAGGACGGUUUGUCGAUUAUGAAAAAUGGGAGAAUUGUGUUUGGAAGAUCAUCAUCACUGCAACCCGAAGGCAAAGAGGAUCAUCAUGUGAGUGGUACAUCUCCAAUACUGAAUUCAGCCAAGGAUCUUGAACAAGUGGCAGGGAUGCUCUACUGUGCUUGCAAAGGAGACAUUGAAGGACUAAAUCAACUACUCGAAGAAGGCUUGACCGUAGAUGCCGCUGACUUUGAUGGUCGCACAGCAUUACACUUGGCGGCCUGCGAGGGCCAUUUGAAUGUGGUCCAGUUUCUUAUAGACAAGGGUGCUGACGUUAAUCGUGGUGACCGUUGGGGCAGCACACCAUUGGCGGAUGCUAGGCAUUACAACAACGAUGAUGUCUGCAGACUGUUAGAACAGCAUGGCGCUAGAUUAAAAAUCUCAUCCAUGCGAGUGGCUACUACAAAAGAAAUUCCUGAGUAUGAGAUUCUCCCUGAACAGCUCUCUGGCAAAGACACGAAGUAUAAGAUGCCCAAUGGUAGCAAGUAUAGAGUCAGAACGUGGCAUGGAACAAGAGUCGCUGUGAAGGUUCUUUCAAGUGUAGAUUUUACGGAAGAAGCAUUUAAUAGCUUCAGAGAUGAACUUGACCUCUUGCAAAAGAUGAGACAUCCCAACGUGGUGCAGUUUCUCGGAGCAGUUACUCAAAGCAGCCCCAUGAUGAUAGUCACUGAGUUCAUGCCCCAGAUGGAUUUGGCUAAAUAUCUUAAAGAAAAGAAACGUCUGGAUCCGGAAAGGGCAGUGGCGUAUGCGCUUGAUAUUGCCAGGGGGAUGAAUUACUUGCAUGAACACAAACCUGAUCCGAUAAUCCACCGUGCUCUUAAGCCCAGCAACUUGUUGAGGGACGGCAAGCAUUUGAAAGUAGCCAAUUUUAGGCUUAGCCUUCCGAAGUACGAUUCUGCAUCUGAAAAUGGAUCAGAAAAUGUUGGCAGUAACCGGUCUACUGAUUCCCUAACCACGAAGCUCCACAAAGGCUCAUCAUGUCGGUAUAUGGCCCCCGAGCUUUAUCGAAAUGAUCCCGAUUAUGAUAAAAGCGUAGAUGUGUUUUCCUUUGCUCUCAUAGUGCAAGAGAUGAUGGAAGGCUCUACACCAUUCCAUUUUCAACCGCCUGAAGCGGCUGCGAAAUUGUAUGCCAACGAAGAUCAACGACCACCCUUCAGGCACUACGCUCGGCGUUAUCCGUCUGGACUUAGAGAGUUGAUCGAGGAUUGCUGGAAGAAAGUACCAUCUGCAAGACCAAGUUUCAGUGAGAUUAUAGUGCGUUUGACGGAAAUCCAAAAAGGCAUGGGACAAAAGGGUUUCUUCAGAAGUCUCUCAUGUGUAAACCCAUCUCCUGGUCGCGUGAUUUCAUAGUGUUCUCAACACUGCCAAGCAACACAGCUUCGAUAUUCGAAGUCUUUUAUUAGAAGGUAACAUCAACAAAUAUCUGUUUGGCGCCUAGUGUAUCUCUGGAGGUUCAGUCGAGUUGACGAUGUGUUCAGUGGCAAUUGCCUGUCAAUUGAGUAUCAUGAGACCUGCCUUCUACAAUAGCCGACCUGUGCACACGUCUUCACAGUGGGUGUCCUUCUAUCCCCUCAAUUAUGUGACUUCGUCUUUCGUCUCUUCUGAAACUGUUGGGUUAUCCGAUGUAGUUAACUGGCACAAAUAUUGGAUCCCUUGCAAUAUCAGCAUGAACUAAAUAACUAUGAAGUGAAGUGAGGUUAACCACCUUGCAGUGUGGCAAAUGGACUUGCCAAUGUGGUACAUCUUUGUUAAUUUUCUCCAAUUUUUUCAAGCAGUUCUCUUUUCCCCCUUA